AUCCUGGACAAUCAGGAGUGAAAGAGCUUCUUGAUGUACAAAAGGAUCCAAACUGUAAACUAAUACUGAGGUUUUUGAAAAGCCCUAUUGCACAAGAAGCAUGUGAGUAUCUCACUGGAGUUCUGGGUAAAAGUCCAUUAUUACUGAAAGAACUGGAUCUGAGUGAAGAUAAAUUAGGAGAUCUGGAUGGAGAGAAACUCUCUGCUCUUUUGAUGGACUCUCAUAGCAAAAUGGAAACAAUGAAGCUGAAUAAUUGUGAGCUGACAGAGAAAAACUGUCGGGUUCUAGCUACUGUUCUCUCCUCCAAAACCACCCUGAAAGAGAUGAACCUGAACAACAGCUGUCUGCUGGACUCAGGAGUCAAAGAGAUCUGUGAGGGACUGAAGAAUCCUGUGUGUGAGCUGAAGAUACUCAAACUUUCAGACUGCAGUAUCAGUGGAGAAAGUUAUGAAACAUUGACCUCAGCUCUGAGAUCAAACUCAUAUCUGAUAGAGCUGGAUCUCACAGGAAAUGAUCCUGGACAAUCAGGAGUGCAGCAGAUCCUAGAUUUCCUAAAGAAUGAGCAGUAUAAAUUAAAGAACAUCAGGUUUUUGAAAAGUCCUGCUGCAGAGGAAGCGUGUGACUAUCUCACUACAUUUCUGGGUAAAAAUCCAUUACUACUGAAAGAACUGGAUCUGAGCAGAAUUGAAUUAGGAGUUCUGGGUGGGGAGAAACUCUCUGCUCUUUUGAUGGACUCUCACAGCAAAGUGGAGAAAAUAAAGCUGAAUAAUUGUGAGCUGACAGAGAAAAACUGUUCAGUUCUAGCUACUGUUCUCUCCUCCAAAACCAUCCUGAAAGAGAUUAACCUGAACAACAGCCGUCUGCUGGACUCAGGAGUCAAAGAGAUCUGUGAGGGACUGAAGAAUCCUGUGUGUGAGCUGAAGAUACUCAAGCUCUGUAAGUGUGAGCUAACAGAGGAAAACUGUUCAGCUCUUGCUUCAGUUCUCAGUUCAGACUCCAGCAGUUUGAAGGAUCUUGAUCUGAGCAAUAAUAAUCUACAAGAUUCAAGAGUGAAGCUGCUCUCUGAUGGACUGAAAGAAAACUGUAAACUAGAGAAACUCAAACUUUCAAACUGCAGUAUCACAGAAGAAGGUUAUAAAGCUCUGGCUUCAGCUCUGAGAUCAAACCCUUCACACCUGAUAGAGCUGGAUCUCACAGGAAAUGAUCCUGGACAAUCAGGAGUGAAGCAGCUCACUGAUUUAUUACAGGAUACAAACUGUCAACUGAAGACACUGAGGUUUUUGAGUCCUGCUGCAGAUGAAGCAUGUCAGUAUGUGACUGGAAUUGUGGGUAAAAACCUGUUGCUCCUGAGAGAACUGAAUCUAAGUGGAUGUAAAUUUCUUUACUCUAAGAUGAAUCAGCUUGUUCCUCUACUGCAGGAUAAACACUGUAAACUCAAUAAACUUCUGUUCUGUGAUUGUGGUUUAACAGAGGAAAGCUGUUCAGCUCUCGCUACAGUCUUGAGAUCAAACUCCAGUCUGAAAGAACUUGACUUGAGCAACAAUAAUCUGCGGAAUUCUGGAGUGAAGAAACUCGAAUUAGAAGAUAAAAACUGCAAACUGGAGAAACUCAGACUUUCAGACUGCAGUAUCACUGAAGAAGGUUAUAUAGCUCUGGCUUCAGCUCUGAGAUCAAACCCUUCACACCUGAUAGAGCUGGAUCUCACAGGAAAUGAUCCUGGACAAUCAGGAGUGAAGCAGCUCAAUGAUUUACUCCAAAGUCGAUGGUAUUCACUGAAAACACUGAGGUUUUUGAGUCCUGCUGCAGAUAAAGCCUGUCAGUAUGUUACUGGAAUUAUGGGUACAAACCUGUUACUCCUGAGAGAACUGAAUCUGAGUAAACGUGAACUAGGAGACACACAGGUGAAUCAGAUUGCUGCUCUACUGCAGGAUAAACACUGUCAACUCAAAACACUGACGUUGUGUAAUUGUGGUCUAACAGAGAAAAGCUGUUCAGCUCUCGCUACAGUCCUGGGAUCAAACCCCAGUCUGAAAGAACUUGACAUGAGCAACAAUAAUCUGCAGGAUUCAGGAGUGAAAAAACUCCAGAACGGAUUAGGAUACACAAACUGCACACUGGAGAAACUCAGACUUUCAAACUGCAGUAUCACUGAAGAAGGUUAUAAAGCUCUGGCUUCAGCUCUGAGAUCAAACCCUUCACACCUGAUAGAGCUGGAUCUCACAGGAAAUGAUCCUGGACAAUCAGGAGUGAAGGAGCUCAAUGAUUUACUACAGGAUCCAAACUGUCAACUGAAGACACUGAGGUUUUUGGGUCCUGCUGCAGAUGAAGUCUGUCAGUAUGUGACUGGAAUUGUGGGUAAAAACCCGUUACUCCUGAGAGAGCUGAAUCUGAGUGAACGUGAACUAGGAGACUCAAACAUGCAACAGCUUGUUCCUCUACUGCAGGAUAAACACUGUCAACUCAACACACUGACGCUGAAUAAUAACAGAAUUACAGCAGAAGGUUGUGCUGCCCUGACUUCAGCAUUUAAUUCAAACCCUUCAAACCUAAAAGAGCUGUAUCUGAGUGGAAAUAAACUUGGAAACUCAGGAAUGAAGAAGAUCUGUUGUUUGUUGAAAAAUCAACAAUUCAGAUUGGAGAAACUGAGAAUUUCAGACUGCAGUAUCACUGAAGAAGGUUAUAAAGCUCUGGCUUCAGCUCUGAGAUCAAACCCUUCACACCUGAUAGAGCUGGAUCUCACAGGAAAUGAUCCUGGACAAACAGGAGUGAAGCAGCUCAAUGAUUUACUACAGGAUACAAGCUAUCAACUGAAGACCUUGAGGUUUUUGGGUCCUGCAGCAGAUGAAGCCUGUCAGUAUGUGACAGGGGUGUGGAAGCCAUCAGUAAGACAUCUGGGCUCACAGCGUGUUCAGCCUCUGUGUCUCUUAAGAGUGACGGGUCACUUAAUCCCCUCCACCACAAAACUUUUAAGUGAGAAAAACACCAUCAUCACCUAA